AUGCCGACGCCCACUCUGACGAAGGAGGAGCUGAAGCACCUGGUCCGCGGGGGGAAGCCCCUCGGCAGCGGCCUCACGGGCGAGGCCUUCCUGGUGCGCCUGCAGACGGGCCGCAAGGCCGUCCUCAAGCGGUGCAGCGACAGGAGGUUCGAUUUUGUCUUCAGGAACGAAUGCAGGAUCCUGCGUGAGCUGCGCCGCUCCGGGCUCGUCCCGCGGCUGCUCGGCAAGAGCCGGAAGCCCUGGGCCAUCCUGAUGGAGCACUGCGAGGGGCGCACUGGCCAGGACCUGCUCGACGACCCUGUCAGCAGGAAGGAGACCCUCGUGCGCGUGGUGCGCCAGCUGGCGAACCAGGUGGGCGAGCUCCACAAGCAGGGCUACGCCCACAAUGACGUCAAGCUGGACAACUGCGUCGUGGACACCAGCAGCAGGCCCCUCGCCGUGCGCCUGAUCGACUUCGGGCACUCCGUGCGCCUCGGGAGGUCCGGCGGCUACGACGUCAUCCCUGAGGGCGCGCACUUGGCGCCCGAGCUGAGCAAGGGCGGCAAAGCCAGUCCCUCGACCGACGUGUUCUCGCUCGGACACGUGCUCGACUGGGUGAUGGGGCAGGUGGGCCGCGAGUUCUUCCCGAAGGUCUUCCACCGCCUCGCCGCCCACGCCCUCAGCGCCGACCCCAAGAGGCGGCCCUCGCCCCAGCUGUUCGUGGAGGCCAUGGAUCACGGCCUCGCCAAGAUGCGCAACGGCGUCGGCCGCCGCUGA